UUUCAUUUUUUCCAUAGUGCGUUUGCAUUUUGCCAUUUUGCAUCGGAGAAAGAGUGAGUGUGGUGAGCGAGUGAACUCGUUUAUUAGGGUUUUAGAGUGUGGAUGGGGAAGGAGGAAGAGGAAAUGAGAGGUGAAAUAGAAGAGAGGCUCAUAAACGAAGAGUACAAGAUAUGGAAGAAGAACAGUCCCUUUCUCUAUGACCUCGUUAUCACACACGCCUUAGAAUGGCCCUCGCUCACCGUGGAGUGGCUCCCCGACCGCCACGAACCACCGGGAAAGGACCACUCCAUCCAGAAAGUCAUCCUCGGAACCCACACCUCCGAGAACGAGCCCAAUUACCUUAUGCUCGCUCAGGUUCAACUUCCCCUCGAGGAUUCCGAGAAUGACGCGCGCCACUACGACGACGAUCGUCCUGAUUUCGGCGGUUUCGGUUGCGCCAACGGAAAGGUUCAGAUCAUUCAACAGAUUAAUCAUGAUGGUGAGGUUAAUAGGGCUCGUUAUAUGCCGCAAAACCCUUUCAUCAUUGCGACUAAAACCGUUAGUGCUGAGGUUUAUGUCUUUGAUUAUAGUAAGCAUCCUUCUAAGCCCCCUCUUGAUGGUGCUUGUAACCCUGAUUUGAGGUUGAGAGGUCACAACACUGAAGGUUAUGGCUUGUCGUGGAGCAAAUUCAAACAGGGCCAUUUGCUCAGUGGCUCUGAUGAUGCUCAGAUUUGCUUGUGGGAUAUUAAUGCUUCUCCCAAAAAUAAGUCCCUCGAGGCCAUGCAAAUUUUCAAGGUUCAUGAAGGUGUUGUGGAAGAUGUGGCUUGGCAUUUGAGGCAUGAGUACUUGUUUGGUUCUGUUGGGGAUGAUCAAUACUUGCUUAUAUGGGAUCUUCGAACACCAGCAGUUACCAAGCCUGUCCAAUCUGUUGUUGCUCAUCAAAGUGAGGUUAACUGCUUGGCUUUCAAUCCCUUUAACGAAUGGGUUGUUGCUACUGGUUCUACGGAUAAAACUGUGAAGUUGUUUGAUCUGCGCAAGAUCAGUACUGCUCUUCACACAUUUGAUUGUCACAAGGAGGAGGUUUUCCAGGUUGGCUGGAAUCCAAAGAAUGAGACUAUCUUGGCUUCUUGUUGUCUUGGUAGGAGACUUAUGGUGUGGGAUCUGAGCAGGAUUGAUGAAGAGCAGUCACCAGAAGAUGCAGAAGAUGGUCCACCAGAAUUGCUGUUUAUUCAUGGUGGCCAUACAAGCAAAAUAUCCGACUUCUCUUGGAACCCGUGUGAAGAUUGGGUUGUUGCUAGUGUGGCUGAAGACAACAUACUUCAAAUAUGGCAGAUGGCGGAGAACAUAUACCAUGACGAAGAUGAUCUUCCAGAAGAGUCAACAAAGGCCUCCUAAUUUAUCGCUCGUAAUGAUAUAUAGUCAGUGUAGUGUGGAAUGUAAGUUGAGUAUUUGGGUGUCGGGGAGCUUUUCCCUAUUAUACUCGUACCGUGGAUCCUUUUUUCGUCUUAGUUUUAGCUGUGUUUUUGUAAGGUAUGAUAAACUCUUGUUGCCUUGACCAGUACUUGUUGGUACCAUGCUGAAAUGGUGAGGUUUCUAAAUAACUUUUCCAAUUACCGUUUGUAUAACUGUUCUAGCAUCCAAAUUCUGGCAAUGAAUCCUCUCAUCUUAACAAUGUGAAAAGUCGUGGUCAUAU